CAGUUUAAUUCCAAAGUCGUCGCGAUGUGGUCGUUACUCACCGUGUUCCUGGGUCUUUCAGUUCUCUGGGGACUGCCCCAGGAUGCAAUUGGAUCCUGUCAACUUAAGACCACACCCACCGCCCCCCUUAUCGUUACGACUUUUGGCUCCAAGCAAUUGGUGUCCAAUUCUGCUGGGAAUCAUGAACGCGAUAGAGGCGAAACUAUUGAGUUGUUUUGCGGCAGUGGAUUUCUAUUCAAUUAUAGACAUUCCUACGGCCAUACAGAGUCUUUGUCAAUAAAUGACAAUAAGGUUUCACUGAGAUGCGAAUCUGAUUAUUUUGUAUAUCCAAAAAAUCGAGACCGCUUAAUGAACCUUGUUGUACAGUGUCAGAAGGGAGUGUCGCAGUUGUUUGAGAGCAGGACCAGUUUGCCCAACUGCGAAGGCGACAUGACACUCGUUUUGGGUCAUGACUUCGAAGAAAUGGGGACCAUGAAAAAUGCCGCAUUGUGCUAUAAUAUUGUCGCCUCCCGGAUGAAAUACAUUGCCUACACGACGUUCCCCGAAAAGAACCUAAUUUUGCAAAAGACGCAAUUGGGUCAGCUAAAUACUAUCGGAUUGGACAUCAAAGUAAACUACCGCAAAAACCUAAUCAAGUCCAUCAGCCAGACCGAAAUCGACGCCUACUUGAAGAAGAAAGACGUGCUGUGGCAGUUGUUCCAGGGAAGAGUCUUCGAAUCCGCCAGUCUAGUUCUGGACGAUGCUGUUGGUGUCCAGUUGGCCGGCUACGAGGCCAUGAUGGCCACCACCUGGCUGAGCUCCCUGCGUUCCGGCAACUGGAAGCAUUGGGUGGCGGCGAUGCGGGAGGCCACCAAAGCCGGUCUCCACUUCGACGUCCGACUGGGCGUCUCCGGAGUACUGGAGCUGCCGUUGGAUGUGGGGCGAUCCUGCAACGCCAGCCGCUCGCUGGUCUUCGAACUGGCGGACGGCAGCUCCCUGCCGGCUCCCGCCCACAUUUGGGCCCAUGUCCACAUCCUGGAGUCAACUGGAGGCGUCGAGGACGAGUUCGUCAUCAUCGGCCACAACUCCCCCUUUUUCCGCAGCGACAAUUCCACCGAGCUGUGCUCCUCGAUGUGCGACCAGGUAUCCUGGCUGAAGAACAGCCUCUUCGCCAGUCUCCACCGGUUCCCCGCCUACGGAUUGGUGCAGUGCUGCCGGGUGGAGGACGUGGCCAGCAAGCUGGACAACUUUCCCGGGUCGUUCGCCAAUGAAUCCGCCUCCAGGAGCACGACCCCGGCACCGGAUCCUAUUCCGGCGUUUGUGAUGUCCCUGAAGCCAGAAUCUGAGAACACUGAACUAGAGUAAUUGCAUACCAACGUUCGCUUGAUGGAACUCAAAUCGUAUUUUUCGAAUCGAUUGAAGCGCUGUUGCGCUAUAGAAUAGUUUUCAAACAUGUUAAGCAUAAAGUAACUGCUACCCUUCAUUAGUUUAAAUAAUAAAGAUCCAAAUUGCGCAUUUCUAA